AUGUCGGCGGCGUCGGAGGAGAAGAAAUCAUCGGUUCCCUCGUCUCAUGUCACCCUCAAAGUCAAUACUCAGAGAGGCUACUGUUUCGUCCUGAUUAAGAAGGACGUUGAGCUCCGUUUGUUGAUGGAAGCAGUUUCAUUCGAAGUCGGAGUUGAAAUGUCUACUCUCAGGUUUCUCUAUGAUGGAAAGAGGAUCAGAGCCCAUCAAACUCCCAAUGAGCUUGAGCUUGAAGACGAUUUUGUAAUCGACGCACUUUCUAUUCAAGGAGGAGGGGAUGGUGCAGCUCAUCGCCAUUAA